AUGGCGUGUCUGACUGGAGUUGCGGAAUCCCCCCACCUCGUCGUCAACGGAGAUGGGCGCUCGUCUCUCCAGGCGAUUCGGGAGAAGAGGGCUGCGGAUGGGAGGCUCGUUGCCGGUGUGGCUGCUGUAGCCGACUGUGAAGCGUUCAAGGUCUCGGUAGCUCACUUCAGCUCCGAGAGUCUGUCCCGGGGCCCCUGCGUUCUCAAGCAGGCGUCAGGCCUGAUGGCUACUCCCGGCCUCAUCUCGCUCGGCGGCGGUCUCCCUUCCAGCGAGUACUUCCCCUACCAGAGCAUCUCGAUGCAGGUCCCGACGCUCGGGCGGGAGAGCCGAGGCGGUCAUGGCUCGGCGACGGAGACUGUGGCGGUGGGGAAGCACGACGUGGCGGACGGGACGUCCGAGUACGACCUGAGCAUCGCCCUCAACUACUGUCAGGCGACCGGAUCCCCGCAGAUGACCCGUUUCAUCACCGAGCACACGGAGCUGGUCUACGACCCGCCCUACGCCGACUGGCAGGUGUGCCAGACGGUGGGGAGCACGGGCGCCCUGGAGCAGGCGAUCCGCCUGCUCUGCGACCGCGGACGCGGCGACACCGUCCUCACGGACGAGUACACCUUCCCCACGGCCGUCGAGACCAUACGCCCCCAGGGGAUCAGUGUGGUAGGCGUCAGGAUGGACGAGCAGGGGAUCCUGCCCGACGACAUGGACAGCCUGCUGACGUCGUGGGACGCCGGUGCCCGGGGCAGCCGCAAGCCGCACGUCAUCUAUCUGAUCCCGACGGGUCAGAACCCGACGGGUGCGACGCAGGGCGCCGGCCGUCGACGUGCCGUCUACGAUGUGUGCCGGAAGCACGACAUCUUCAUCAUCGAGGACGAGCCCUACUACUUCAUCCAGAUGCCGCCCUACCGCGGCGUCGGCAAGGAUGAGCCCGCCACCGACGGUGCCGAGGAGUCUAUCGACGAUUUCCUGAGGGGGCUGGUGCCCACGUACCUCAGCCUCGACGUCGACGGGCGCGUCAUGCGCAUGGAUUCCUUCUCCAAGGUCCUCGCUCCCGGGUCGCGCAUGGGCUGGAUCACGGCAAGCAAGCAGGUCGUCGACAUGUUCAAGCUGCACGCCGAGGUAGCCAACCAGGGACCCGGAGGGCUGGCCCAGGUUGUCCUGUGGAAGCUGCUCGACGAGACCUGGGGCCAUGAGGGCUAUCUGAGGUGGCUCAUCAACCUCAAGAACAGCUACACGAAGAGGAGGGACACGCUCCUCUCCGCUUGCGAUGAAUUCUUGCCGGCCGAGUUUGCGAGCUGGACGCCGCCUGAGGCGGGCAUGUUUCUCUGGAUCAAGAUUGACCACACAAAACACCCCGGGUACCCGCAGCGCUCGCUCCUCGAUAUCGAGGAAGAGAUAUGGAAGACUGCCCUCGACAGCGGGAUCCUCUGCGCGCGGGGCUCCUGGUUCCGUGCGGAUCCUGACACGCCGCCACGUGACAUAUUCUUCCGCACGACAUUUGCGGCGGCCAGCCAAGAUGCUAUACGGACGGCUACCGAGCGGUUAGGCAAGGCUAUCCGGAAAUCGUUCUCGAAGGAGUGA